AUGGAAUAUAAAGAAAAUGAUUAUUAUGAAAGACAAAAACGUUUAGAAAAUAUAAUAAAAAAAAAUUUUUAUUCUAAUGAGGAUAUAUUAGAAUGUUGUGAUGAUGUAAUUAAAGGGGGUGUUAUAUCUAAAAAUAAUUGUCAAUUUGAAGAAGAUUGUAAUUGUUUUAAAUGUGAAGAUAUUGUACUAAUUAUAAAUGAAUAUAUAAAAAAAGAAUGUAUAUUAGAUAAUUAUGUUAAUGGUUAUAAAUAUUUAUAUGAAAAUAUUGAAAAAUUUGAAAAUAAAAUAUCAAAUAAAUUUGACAUUGAUGAUAUUGUUUGGAAUCAAAUUUUGAAAAUAAACAAAGACGAAAAACAAAAUUAUAAUUAUGUACAUAAAAAUGUUAAAAAUGAAAAUCAUAAGAUCGAAAAAAAAUAUAUAUUUAACAUAAAUUUUAAAGGUGAUGAAGAAAAAAAUAAAGAAACUAAUUGUGUCGAAAUGGAAGUAUAUACUAUAUCAAUUAUAAUAAAAGUUAAAAAUAAAAUUUUUAAAUCAUCACCAAUAUUAAAAAAUGUUAUAGACACAUUACCUUACUAUGAUGAUAAUUAUUAUUAUAUAAAUAAUAGAAUAGGAAUUAUCGAAAAAAUCAAAAAACAAAUUUAUGACUAUUGUUUCGGAAGCCCAAAAAGGAAGCAAACUGAAAUGGGGCAUGCUAAAAAAAGGAAGCAAACUGAAAUGGGGCAUGCUAAAAAAAGGAAGCAAACUGAAAUGGGGCAUGCUAAAAAAAUUGAGGUAGACAGAUUUUCAAAAACUGAUGAACCAUAUUUAUACGACAAUAUUAAUUAUGAAAAUAUUUUUCAUGAUUUUACAAAUUUCAAUAUCAAAAAUAACAAUGACAAUUUUUUUUAUCCAGAUCAUAAUAAGAAUGAAGAACAAUAUUUAUUUAAUGGUAGAUAUUAUAGUAAUACAAUUAAUGAUUGGGAAAAUAAUAAAUAUUAUAAUAAAAAUAAUAUUAACAGUUCAGGUAAAAAUAUAAUGUAUAAUAUAAAUGAUUCAAAUUUGUCUUUUAAUAAAAAAGAGGAACAUAAUCAUGAUAUGGAACAAAAAUAUAAUGAAAUAGUUAAGAAAAAAGGAAGGGCAUUCAAAAUUUAUGAAAUUAAUAUAAGAUCUGAUAAAAACUUAACAAGUAUAAAAAGCAUUAUUACACUAAUUGAAAUGGUUAGCUUAGCUUAUUUGUAUUUUGUAAAAUGUGUCAAGGAUAUGAGCGAAAAGGAAAAUGCUGAAAAGGGCCAAAAAGGGAACAGCUUUGAAAAGGGCCAAAAAGGGAACAGCUUUGAAAAGGGCCAAAGUGAUGGCAGUAACCCUUUUUGUGAUGAAAAAUAUUAUGAACUUUUUUACAGUAUCAUUUCUGGUUAUUUGAGUAAUAAUAUAGAAAAAAAAAAAAAAAAAAAAUUUAAGAAAAUAAGGAAAAAGAAAGGUCAAUCGACAUCUUCUUGUUAUUCUGAUAAUCAAAAGGAGGAAUAUUCCUCAUUUUCUGAUAAAGAUAGCAGUAAAAUUUAUGAUAAAGGUCAUGAAAGUGAAUCUAUUAAAGAUAUAGAUUCUGUUUUUGAUCCAGAAAUAUCUACAUCUGAAGAAAUAGAAUACGAAUCUGAUGAAGGAAAUAGUAAUGAUUCCAUUAUAAAAAUAAAGGAUAACAAUAAAAUACGAGAUAAUAAUUGUUCGAUAAAUCAAGAAGAAAAUUUAAUUAUACAUAAUGAAUGUGAAAUGUCAAAAAUUUUAAAUGAUAAAGGAAUAUAUAAUGUUAUAGAAUAUAUAAAACAUAUUAUUAUGUCUAUUAUAAAAGAAUGUGAUGGUUAUUUUAAUAUUGAAUAUUUAUAUACUCUACAUAUAUUUGAGUUCAAAUUAUUUUUUGAUAUUUUUAAAAAAAAUAUUUUAAGAAGAGAUAUACAAGAUGAUCUUCUAAUAAUGUUAACAUAUUGUGGAUUUAAAAUUAAAAAUGAUGAAAUAAUCAAUUUUUGUUUUUGGAAAAUUAUAAGCAUAUUUGAAGAUGGUAAUAUACCUAAUAGUUGGGAAAUCAUGAAAAGUGUAAAUAAAGAUGGUAAUGAAUAUACUGAAGGAGCUAGUAAUAUAUUGAAAAAAAAAUAUAUCGAAUUUAAAAAUAAUGUUAAAGAAAUAACACAACAAAAUGAAAAAAAAAAAAAAAAUGUAAUAGAAUCAUGUAAUACAAUUUUUUACGAAGCAUUAAAUUUAAUACCCAAUGUAGAAAAUAAUAAAAAAUAUUUAAGUGAAAUUGAUAUAAAUAAUGGAAAUUUAUAUUUCAAAAAAAAUUUAAUUAAUAAAAAUGUUUUUUUGAAUUUUAUAAAAAAUGCUAAACAAAAAUUUAACUUUUUUAAUAAUAUAGAAAAAGGAUAUGUUAUAAAUGUAGUAAAAAGGAUAAGAAAUUUUAAUGAUUAUUAUUCUUGUUGUUAUAUUUUAAAAAAUAAUAAAAAAAAAAUAUUAAUAGGGUUUAAAAAGAGAGGAGAAAAUAAAGUAUACAUAUAUAAAUAUGAUAAAAAAAUUAAAAAUAUAUAUAAACAUGUAGAAAAAAAUACUGUUAUAUCAGGAUUUUUAGGAGUGUUAAUAUGUAAUUUUAUUGGAAUGAAAAUUAAUAUAUAUGAUAAUGGAAUAGACAAAAAAUAUUCAAAUUUUUUUCCAAAUUUUGAAAGAAAAAAUGUUAUAACAAUCAAAUUUGAAUCUAAUAUAAUAAGUGAAUUACCUCGUCAUUUUAUUUGUAAUAUAUAUAAAGAAGAUAAAAGUGUAAAAUUUAUAUAUGAAAAUAAAUGUCCAACAUGGAAUGAAGAAAAAGAAAUUUAUGAAUUGCCUUUUUAUGGUCGAGUUAGAUUGGCAAGUGCUAAAAAUUUACAGUUAAUUUUAAAAAAAUGUUUAAUUAAUAACUCUAAAAAAACAUUAUUUUCAAAUACAACUAUUAACGAUUUAAUAGAUUAUAUGAGUACAGAAAGGAAUAAUCAACUUAUGGAAUAUAGUGAAACAAUUAAUGAUAAAGAAAGCAAUGAUAAUAUCGCAUUUCCCAAGAUAAGUGAUGAAUAUAACUGGAAUUCAGGUAUUACAUUCAAAGCUAACAAAAAUGGAAAUCAUAAUAAUACUACUAGUAGUAGUAGUAGGAAAAAUAAUGGAAGCAAUGAUAGUAUACAAAAUGAAGAGGGAGAAAAAAGCAUAAUAAACAAAUUCUCUUUUGAUGUGAUAAAAAAUAAUUUUAAAAUAAAAAAAGAAGAAAAAUUCGAAAUUAUAAAUAAUGAUCAAGAUGAAAUUUUUCUUAUUUUUGGUAAAAAUUCAAAGGAUUAUUUUACUUUGGAUUAUCGUCAUCCUUUAUCUUCCUUUGAAGCUUUUUCUAUAGCAAUUUCUUCUUUGUUGAAAAAAAAAGCCGUAUCAUAA